AGCUCUUCCCCCAUGAGGUACAUCUCUCUUCUGGUGUGUUUCGGAGCCUCAGUUUCCUCAUCCAGAAGACAGGUGGAGCUGGACUUGGUGCCUUAGGAUGGCUCAUCAGGACUUCCAUGGAAUCUGACAUUCUAGCAGAAAGUCUGUGGAGGGUUAGGAGCUCUGCGGGGGCUAUGAAGGGUGGAAAGGGCUUCCUUCUCCAACUUGUAAAUCACCAGGUUCAGCGUUGUCAACCACCAGUCCCACCCCAGGACCUGCAGAGGGGAAGGGGAGAGGGGUGCUAAUAAGGAUCCUUUCCCCAAGCCAGCAGCUUGCCUGUUUCCCUGUUUCUUUCCUUCCUCCAUCAUCUAAUUGUGGAUCCGAACUAUGCUUUGGUUGUGGGUUUCCAGACCAUGCCUUCCUAGAACAUAGAAAAGGGUGGACGAGGACUUUGCUCAGUGAUGGAAGACAGGAAAUUUCAGAGAGCUGUGCACCUGGAACUGGCUGAUCCCCCAUGGGGUGGGAGACUUUAAAGCUAACCUUAGCCUUUUGCCAGGCUGUAUGUACAGGUAAAAAGUGGUUCUGAAGUUGGGUGACCUUGAGUCAGUCAGCAUACUUCUGGGUCUCUCCUUCUAUGGGGUCUUGCUAUGUAGUUCAGGCUGAUCUUAAACUCAUUACAUAGCCAAGGCUGGCUUGAGUUUGUGGCAGUCCUCCUGCCUCAGCCUCCUGAGGAAUUACAGGUGUGCACCGUCAUCUCUGGCAGUGCCUCUUUUCUGCAAAAUUAAGUUACAGAUGCCCUUCUGGCUCUUUCCAGGGGGUCACGGUAUAGAUCUGAGAAGAUAACACAACACACAUGAAAACCUGUAAGAGGCUUUCUCACCCGUGGAGCUUUGGAGCUUUCAAUUUGUGGAAAGAAGGGGACAGUACCUUCCAGCAGUACAUUUCAUUAAGACAUAAAAUUAGGAAACUGGAGAAGUUCAGUCACUUCAAGCAGACUCCCGGGCCGGGGAAGGAAAGGGCUCUGGGAAGCGAAAAAAGAGCAAAGUGCACUACCAGAUCGCCGUCAUCAUCAACUACUUGGGCCACUGCAUCUCCCUGGUGGCCCUCCUGGUGGCCUUCAUCCUCUUUCUGCGGCUCAGGAGCAUCCGGUGCCUGAGAAACAUCAUCCACUGGAACCUCAUCUCAGCCUUCAUCCUGCGCAAUGCCACAUGGUUUGUGGUCCAGCGCACCAUGAGCCCCGAGGUCCACCAGAGCAACGUGGGCUGGUGCAGGUUGGUGACAGCUGCCUACAAUUACUUCCACGUGACCAACUUCUUCUGGAUGUUCGGUGAGGGCUGCUACCUGCACACAGCCAUAGUGCUCACCUACUCCACUGACCGGCUGCGCAAGUGGAUGUUCAUCUGCAUUGGCUGGGGUGUGCCUUUCCCCAUCAUUGUGGCUUGGGCCAUUGGGAAGCUAUACUACGACAAUGAAAAGUGCUGGUUUGGCAAAAGGCCUGGAGUGUAUACUGACUACAUCUACCAGGGCCCCAUGAUCUUGGUCCUGCUGAUCAACUUUAUCUUCCUUUUCAACAUCGUCCGCAUCCUCAUGACCAAACUCCGGGCAUCCACCACAUCUGAGACCAUUCAGUACAGGAAGGCUGUGAAGGCCACUCUGGUGCUGCUGCCUCUCCUGGGCAUCACCUACAUGCUGUUCUUUGUCAACCCUGGAGAGGAUGAGGUCUCCCGGGUUGUCUUCAUCUACUUCAAUUCCCUCCUGGAAUCCUUCCAGGGCUUCUUCGUGUCUGUGUUUUACUGUUUUCUCAACAGCGAGGUCCGUUCUGCUAUCCGGAAGAGGUGGCACCGAUGGCAAGACAAACACUCCAUCCGUGCGCGGGUGGCCCGUGCCAUGUCCAUCCCCACCUCCCCGACCCGGGUCAGCUUCCACAGCAUCAAGCAGUCUACAGCAGUCUGAGCCUCAGGCCACAUGAAGCAGCUCCUGAGGUCUGUGGCUGUGAAGAAUAUGGCCAGGCUCACUGGCCAUCUCGUGUGUGGAGGGAGCCAGCACCUUUUCCCCAGGAGCAGCAGCCCUGAAAGUCUGGGGGUCCCUACUGCCACACCAGCAGGACUUCUAUGCUCAUGAUUGCACAGUAGCUUACAGGACUGGGCUUGGCCCACUGUCCUAGUCCUCUCUGGAGAACAGAAAUGGGAUGGAAGUGGAGAGCUGGACCGCCCGUAGCAACGCCUGGGCCCUCUCAGCUCUGCCUUUACAAAGCACAGGGAUCUGGGAUCCCCCUCAGCUGUAGGGAGGUGAUUCACUGCCCCAGGGCCUCAUGGAAAAUUGGGGUUCCUUCCUGACUGUGACAGCGUUCAUCCACCAUGAUGCCUCCUGGCCUUGGAGAUGCCUUUGGGCGCCACUGAGAACCAAGGCCGUGUGGUUCAGGAGGGAGCCCUGGAAAUGUCAUUAGAAAUCAGGUGACAUCAUCAGGUACUGGGCCACUCCCAAGUCAUCGGAACAGCAUUGGCCCUGUGGCACUGCCACUACAAAUGCCCUGCCUUGCUGCCUCGCACCCUAGAUGUUUACCACUCUGUAGGUUGCCCCAGCUUCCUCACCAACAGUACCCUCAUCCAGAGUCCUGCCACCUCCUGCCUUUGGGUGUCUCCCCAUCUGGGCACUGCAAGGGCACAAGAGUGUGCCUGGCCAGGCCAACUUCCCUUGAGGAGGAUAAAGAACCUUUGGGACCUGAAACCUCUGGAGCAGGCUCUCAAGAUGAGCAAAGGGAAAGGGCUCCUCUCUGCCCAAGUGCUCUGAACAGGACAAGGGGCUCCUGCAGCAACCAAUUGGCACAUUAACUUGCCCCUCUCCGGGUGUAGACUGGUCGGUCCUCACCGGGCCUGCCAUUUCCAGAGGGUUGGGCUGACCGAUGCACUUCAGGGGUGGGAAGUAGGAGAUGAGAGCAUCAGCUGUAAGGGGGAAGAUGAUGUAAAUAAUAAUAUUUAUCUUCUCAACCA